AUGGCCAAGGUCGGCAUCGCGUGGUCGCCCGCCGCCCCGCCGCGACCUUCAAUGUGGGCGCAUCUUCCCGAGUGCUGCGGUAUCCUCUACGUUCUCACGUCCGUCUUUCUCAGCGUCUAUGGCCUCACCCUUCUCUCGUCGUACACCCAAAACGACCUCUUCUGGCCCGACUAUGCGACGCGCAACACGUCACGUACGCUCACCGACGUGCUCAACGGGCAGCUGCGGCUCCAGUCGUCGCUUCCACCGACCGACGUGACGUCCCUUACGUUUGUGCUCUCGUCGGAUGCAGCAGGAUCGCCCCACACGUAUGCGCGUCAGCUCUUGUACCACGAGCUCACAACACCGAUGGACGCGAUUCGCGGGUUGCGCAUUCUGCUGCCGGUGCAUGUCACGUCGCUCGUGUCGCAGUACUGCUGGGUUGACUGGCAUCAGAACUGGAGCGUUGCGCACUCGGGCCAACGCGCCGCGCGGUGUCGAGACAAGUACCAAGCGAACGCCGCCAAGUACCUCGAGAGCGUGUUUCGCAACAUUGCCUUUGACGCGUGGCACGCGAUUCACGGCGACUACUACGACGCAUCGAUCGCACGACCCAUCGCGGCGUCCUCGCUCGAUGGCGCCGCUUGGGUCACAGCGAUGGCCUCCCACAUGUGGCUACCACCCGUCGACGAACUUCACCUCUGGGAAGCCCGGGGCCUGCACCACUUUACACUCGGGUACGCCAACAUUGUGCAAGUCGGGCUCCAAGAGACCAUCGAUGUUAUCAACGCACUCGGCCAGCGCCACGCGACGCUCGUUAAGGCCAUACCGCUCGUCGAACGUGGGUCGUUUGGCACGUCGAUCUACCUCUACGGCGGCCUUUUGUAUGACUUUGAAGCGGUGGGGGCCAACGGCAGCAUUGUCCGCAACACGUCCACCUUCAUGAGCGACCCGGACCACAUUCAGUACUACGUUGUAGGGACACCGCUGAGCAGCGCUCAGAGCGCGCUACGAUCUCAGAUUGGACCAUUGGGGUCGAUCGACUUGAUGUGGGUACCGCCGCCAGUGGCGCUUCUCGCGUCUGUCGAGCUUUUUCGCGUCUCGAUCGACGCCAACUUGGCGGCCAAUGCAGCGUUCCGCGCGGCGUUUGUCGCCAUGGGCGGUCGUACGAUUCUGCACCCGACGCCGACGACGUGGCGCAACGACUCACUUCGCUUCUUGGGGGGCAGUCCGCUCUGCGGCCACGGCGCGCCCGUGCCGUUUGUUCAAGAGAGCUUUGGUUUCGACGACGGCUGUGGUACGCAAAAACAGCUCGCACUGCGCUGGACGCCUCUCUCGAGCCUCUUUGCGGCCGUGAUGCUACGGAACACGAGUACGGCCGCGCUCUGUGACCUCUGCGACGGUUCCACCUUGGACGCGUGCGCGGCGCAAGUGGUCUUAACGACCGCCGCCAUCGCAGCGAUACCAGGCUUUGCGAUGGCGGCACCGCCCAUCGAGGAUCUCAACAUCUCGCUGUUUCAAUACGUGUCGACUGACACGGUGGUCUGGCUCGAGACUCUGCCGAUCUUGACACCCGACUUUGCCGUUGCGGGGUGGAUGGCGCUCUACGAAUGGGCACUUGGGGACCGGGAGGUUGUCUUGUUUGAAGGUGACGUGGACAAGAUGACAUUGAUCUCAUCCACGUACACGCCGCUGGCCCGCCCGCCACCGAGCGACCUAGGCAACGCUGGCUUCUAUCUCUGGUCGGUGGCUGUCUCUAUCUCGGUCGUGUUGACGUUUGUGGCUCUUGUGCUGAUUCUGCUCUGGGUGCAGUACCGUCCACUGCAUUGUUCGUGGUGGUACUUUCAUCGCAUCGUUGCGAGUGUAUGGCUCUCCAAGACGCUGCUCAUGGCGCGCGGCCUCACGGCGGUGCUCUGCCUCGCCACCACCCCGCUCGUCCCGUCGCAUGAUGACGUCACGUCGUCCCUCUCGCACGUGCCACGUUCGCUGCUCGUGUCGGCCGUGCUCGCGAGCGAAGUCACGUGGACGCUGUACGUGCUCCAUGAACUUGCGCAUCCGAUGACGCAGGCGUACACACGCACGUAUGCGCCAAUCAACAUCGGCCUCGGGUGGCUACUCACGCUGAGUUUUGAUUUCUUUGCGCCGCUGGAACACGUUGCCGUUCGCAUCCAGCGCAGCUGUCGCCACGUUAGCUUUGGAUACGUCAUCCAAUGUGAGAGCGCGAGCCUUGCGAUUGGCUCCAACGCGCGCUGCACAAGCCUCUUGGUGGCCCAACUCAUUCUUCUUGUCGUUUGUAUGCUCUUUGGGCGAGCACACCGCCGCCGCCAUGUGACCUACACCUCCGCUACCGGCACAGCACUCUUGCCCACGAUGGCAACGGCGUUUCUUGGGUCGGAGCACGCCUCGGCUGUCGACUUGACGCUCCACAAUGUCGUGACAGGCGCCAUGUGUGGCCUCUUUAGCUUCACGCAGCGCGGGCAACGACGUGUGUUUGACACCAAGCUCUGGCGGCUCUUUGAGAGCACCAAAUUGCAGCGCGGGCCCAGCUUCAUGUCGUGCCAGCCCACCAAGCUUGCGUCACUUCCGAUGUGGUGCAAGUACCCGACGCUAAACUUACUCUUGGGGUUUGGGUACCUUGCCUUGACGUUGUGCAAUAAUGCGCUCUACCUCAGCGUCGCGGACGAGACAUUUGCCAACGAUUUUGGCUGGCGUGGCUUUCGCGCCGAUUGCACCUACCCGUAUAUCGGCAACCUCUUCAACGCGCACCUGCUCACGACCCCGUAUAUGCGCUUCCAGCUCGACAAUGCCUCGCUCGGUGACCUCGUCCAGUCGUACAACACGUCGUCCGCACUGCUGAGCGCGUCUCCGACGGCGCCGCGCCGACAACUCUUUCGCAACACGGAUAUCACGGAUGCUGUCGCCAACCUCCGCCGUAUGGAUCCGUGUAAUUUGCCGUGGAUGUUUACGCAAUACUGCUGGAUCGACCUGCGCCAAACGUGGGCGAUGGCGUCGACCGCUGCGCGCCAAGCUCGCUGUGCCUUCCACGCAAACAACGGUGCGCGGUACCUUGAGACCGGCCUUCGCAAUCUGCGCGACGUCGACGCCUGGGACGCUUGCUGGGGGCACUCGUUUGCGGUUGGAUUUGGCGCGUUUCUUGCUUUCUCGCGCAAUGGACAGCAAUGGCUCUCAACGACGCUACAGCCAUUCAAGGUUUCGAUCGACGACGAAGCGGUACACUGGGCAGCACACGGCAUUGACUCGUUUGUUCUGCAGUGGCAAAACUACAAAACACUGGGGUUCAACGACGCUCUGACGAUCUGGACUGCACUAGGGUUAGGGUACACGCUCCCGCUGAGCGCAAUCGAAGGCGUCGACCGACGAGAUCAACAAACGUCGUUGCGAAUGUACUGGUCAUUUGCCGCGGACCUCUGGGCCAUUGCUGGCAAUGAAACUCGGAUUGGCGGCUGUAGUUUGAUUCGAAAUAGCGCCACGUUUGCAUUUGAGAAUGGAACGACACCCGAGUCGUUGCUCUUUGAGAACCUGACGCUGGCAGCGCCGCUGUCACCGGGCCUUGCGAUGCUCGCGUCGACACUCGGACCGUUUGGCGCUGUUGAUAUGGUGUACGUCCUGCCGCCACUGCCGUUGCGUACGCUCUACGAAGCGUUCACAGCGCUCCUCUCGCAGUGGAUGCAGCUGCCGGAUGCUAACACGAGCGUCUUUUCGAAUUUACCGGUUCGACCUGCAAUUGCCGAAGCGUCAUCGAGCCUGCUCUCCGGUCCCGACACGAUGCUUGUCGGUGGCAACCUUCUCUGCGGCGACGACUUGCCGCCGUUCAGCUCCCGCAACGGCAUCGACUUGGCCUUCUCGGUCGACAACCUCUGCCACGCCGUGUUCCUCGACUACAUGCAUCCGGGCACGGUUGGGCUCCUCUUUGCCCUCUUUGGCCAUUUGAGCACGAGCUACACUGCGAGCAACGUCGUGGCUUUGGAGAGCAUUUGCUUCCUGGACGCGUACCGAGGGGUGCAUUGCGUCAACGACUACAUGGCGCUCGUGUCGUUUUUGACAGACGAGGUGCAACCACCCCCUGCCUUCGUGUCGCUCGCGCUCGACACAUUUACUACCGUGCAUGCCAUGAACAUUGAAAUGGUCCAGUAUCUUUACCGCAACAAUAGCGCCAAGUCGCCGCUUGAGCUCUACCGCAUCAACCUUAUGGAUGAAGACGAUGUGCCGUGGCGAUUCUACGGCUGGUGCUUCCUGUACGAGUGGGUCUCGGGCACCCGCGAAGUCGUCUCGUUCCAAGGCGACGUUGGCACGGUAGCCACCAUCUCGGCGCGCGCCAACCCAACGCACUUGUCGCCGGACCCGCUCGUCAUUCCAACGUACCUCUCGCUCAUGUUUCGCGACAGCCUCGUCGGCAUCACAGUGGCGAUGAUAGCCGUGGCCCUUUUCAUUGUACUGUACGCGAUCCGGUGCCAAGGUCGCAUUGAGGGCUUGAACCUUCUGGAAGUGAACCGGAUUGUCGGCAUUGUCUGGAUCGGGCGCCCAUUCCUGCUGCUGCGCGGCAUCACAGCCAUCAUGCUUCUCAAUACGAGUCCUCUCUACUUGGAGCAGGCCGGCGGCAUCGCGCGCAUGGCGACACCGCCGCUGCCGUGGUACAGCACGAUCGUGGCGGCCUCCGAGGCGACGUGGCUCGUCUACGUUCUCAACGACCUCUUUAGCUGCGUCACGCGCCAGUAUACGACAGUGUAUGCCUACAAGAGCACGCUGCUCACGUGGGCAGCCGUCGCAACGUACACCUUUCUUCAGCCCCACAUCCACAUCGCCGAGAUGGCGCGGCACUGCAUAGCUGUCGAUAUGGACGUUGCCCUGCGUUGCACUAGCGGCUAUAUCGAAAUCGGCAACGGCGCUCGCUUUUGGAAGGUCAUUGCGAUCUGCUGCAGCUCGAUCCUUUUGUGUUAUGGCGCCGACCGUCUCUCGCAGCCGCGCUUGGCCGACGUCACGGUGCCGUCGCUGCUCCUCAGCGCGCAGAGCGUCUACCUCUUUACGUUUGACCGGUGGAUUCACGACGGCGACUACUAUUUGGACCGGACCUCGGCCGUCAUGGCCGGUCUCGUCAGCGUCGAUUGGCGCGGUGCGCUUUUCAUUCUCGACAUCAAGGCGUGGCGCGUCCAUACGGUGCGUCCGCUGUUGUCGCUCGACCUGACUCAGCCAUUACGCUUUCAACAUGCGAUUCCGCUUCAUCGCAUUGACGUCGAGUAACGAGCAGAAGAGCAAACUCAAAAUGGAAUUAUAAAGCAAACUCGGAAAAGGCUUGCC